AUGAAGCUGUUUAAACGAGAAGCGCCCCAAGGAACAGUCAGAACUAGCUACUUUGGAAGUAGAGGCACGCGGCUGCAUCGGAUCAUUGCAGCCGUGGCUGGAAUCGGCUUCUUGCUGUUUGGAUAUGACACCGGAGUCAUGGGCAGUUUGUUGACCCUGCCGACCUUCAUUCACCAGUUUCCAACUAUGGAUAGCACGUCUCCACAUCUGGAUGCAAAGACAAAGUCGUUCCAUUCGACGGUCCAGGGCACAGCCGUGGCCAUCUACGAGAUUGGGUGCAUGUUGGGUGCUCUGUUUACAAUGUGGGGAGGAGACAAGCUGGGUAGACGAAAGAUAAUCUUCAUUGGCUCCAUAAUUGUCACCAUUGGAGCGAUUCUUCAAUGUGCUUCGUAUUCGCUCGGUCAAUUUGUGACUGGAAGAGUCAUUGCUGGUAUUGGAGUCGGUUUCACUACAGCUACAGUGCCAAUGUUCCAGGCUGAGUGUGCUCGUCCUGAACGGAGAGGGGCCCUGGUGAUGCUUGGAGGAGCCCUGACAACUGGAGGAAUUGCUCUCAGUUACUGGAUCGACUUUGGCUUUUAUUUCGUCAAGCGAAAUGACUCGGACUGGAGAUUCCCGGUAGCUUUUCAGAUCCUCUUCUCCCUCAUUCUGUCGUGCACAGUCCUGUACCUUCCCGAGUCCCCCAGAUGGCUCAUUAAGAAGGGACGCUAUGAAGAAGCAGCAGGAGUGUUUGCAGCCCUGGAAGAUGUGCCCAUUGACGACAUCUAUGUAUCUCAGCAACUCAUGCAGGUCAAAGAGUCGCUCAUGGUAGGCCAACUUGCACAGGAAGGCAUUGAGGGAGAUGAAGCACGACGACGAAUCGCUUCAGGAGACGUGGAGCUUGGAGAAGAGCCGCCGUUCAGGAAACAGUUGGUUCUGCUCUUCACCUUUGGCAAAAAAAAACACCUUCAUCGAGCCAUGUUGGCUUACUCUCAACAGAUCAUGCACCAAAUGUGUGGAAUCAACCUCAUCUCAUAUUACGCAGCCUACAUUUUCCAGACUUCUAUCGGUAUGAGCCCGCUCAACUCACGAAUUCUGGCGGCUUGUGAUGGAACAGAGUACUUCCUGGCGUCCUGGAUCGCCUUCUACACCAUUGAGAGGUUCGGACGAAGAAAGCUCAUGCUGUUUGGAACCAUUGGACAAGCCUGUACGAUGGCUAUUCUAGCAGGAACAGUCUACGCAGCAUCUUCAGUAAAAGACGGUGGCCUAGACAAACCUCAGGCUGGCAUUGCAGCAGCAGUGUUCCUGUUUGUUUUCAACACCUUCUUCUCCAUUGGCUGGCUAGGUAUGGCGUGGCUGUACCCUGCGGAAAUCGCCCCCAUUGAAAUCAGAGCCAUUUCCCAGGGUCUGUCCACAUCCGGAAACUGGGUCUUCAAUUUCCUGGUCGUCAUGAUCACCCCCGUGGCCUUCAACUCCAUCAAGUGGAGAACUUACAUCAUCUUUGCGUGCAUCAACGUCGCCAUGGUCCCCUCCAUCUACUUCUUCUUCCCCGAAACCAUGGGCCGAUCGCUCGAAGAAAUCGAUCUCAUUUUCGAAGACUCCAACCCCAGAACUCCUUGGGACGUGGUUGGUAUUGCAAAGCGACUUCCUAGGGGUACCCUGGAUGGAGUUGUUCCUUCAGACAUGGAGCUGGAGAAGGAGAUCGAGCAUGUCAGCGUCAAGUCUUUGGGAGGUGCCACUAUUCGUGGAUAG